AUGAAUAAAAUAUACUGCAUACUGUUUUUAAGUGCCCAGUGCCUUGUGCACAUGGGUAAGUGCGAGCCAAACCAGAAGCCGAGCAGGCUGACCCGCAGCGCUAAAAACGUUUUGUUGGAACAGAAGCCUAUGGUUGAGAGAAGUACACGAAUGAGUAACCCAUGGAAAGCAUUCAUGGAAAAGUACGAUAUCGAAAAAACACACAGUUCUGGUAUUCGAGUAGAUUUAGGGGAAGAUGCAGAAGUGGGAAAUUCCAGCUAUAGAAUACCAGCAGGAAAAUGUCCUGUUUUUGGAAAGGGUAUCGUUAUACAGAAUUCUAAGGUUAGUUUCUUAACACCUGUAGCUACAGGCAAUCAAAAGUUGAAGGAUGGAGGUUUCGCCUUUCCACAGGCAAAUGAUCAUAUUUCCCCUAUAUCCAUAGAAAACCUUAGAGAAAGGUAUAAAGAGAAUCCAGAUUUGAUGAAGCUAAACGAUUUAGCUUUGUGUAAAACUCAUGCAGCCAGCUUUGUAAUGGAAAUGGAUAAAAAUUCGUCCUAUAGACACCCAGCUGUAUAUGAUGAAGAUAAAAAAAUAUGUUACAUGUUGUAUUUAUCAGCGCAAGAAAAUAUGGGUCCAAGAUACUGUAGUAAAGAUGCAGAAAAUAAAGAUGCUAUGUUUUGCUUCAAGCCAGAUAAAAAUACAACAUUUGACCAUCUUGCCUAUUUAAGCAAAAAUGUGGUUAAUGAUUGGCAAAACAAAUGCCCCCGUAAAAAUUUAGGAAAUUCUAAAUUUGGAUUAUGGGUGGAUGGAAACUGUGAAGAAAUCCCAUACGUUCAAGACGUGCCGGCAAAGGAUCUACGCGAAUGUAACAGAAUCGUUUUCGAAGCUAGCGCUUCAGAUCAACCAACUCAGUACGAAGAAGAACUAACCGAUUAUCAAAAAAUACAAGAAGGCUUUAGACAAAACGAUCAGGGUAUGAUUAAAAGUGCUUUUCUUCCAGUAGGUGCAUUCAACUCGGACAAUUUUAAGAGUAAAGGAAGAGGAUAUAACUGGGCAAAUUUCGAUACUGAAAAUCAGGUUUGUUACCUUUUUAAUGCCAAACCCACUUGCCUCAUUAAUGACAAAAACUUUAUCGCAACAACAGCGUUAUCUCAUCCCCAAGAAGUAGACUAUGAGUUUCCAUGCAGCAUAUACAAAGAUGAAAUGGAAAGGGAAAUGAGGAAAGAAUCGAGGAACAUGAGUCUGUACAAUGUUGAUAAGGCACGGAUUGUUCUGCCAAGGAUAUUUAUCUCCAACGAUAAGGACAGUCUCAAAUGUCCAUGCGCACCAGAACACAUUACCAACAGUACCUGCAACUUUUACGUUUGUAACUGUGUAGAGAAAAGGGCAGAAAUUAAAGAAAAUAACGAAGUGGCCAUAAAGGAAGAAUUUAAGGAAGAUUACCAAUACGCGGAAGGUGAAUCCAAAAAUCAGAUGCUCCUAAUUAUUAUCGGAAUAACUGGAGGUGUGUGUGUGGUCGCACUGGCUUCCAUGUUUUACUUCAGGAAGAAAGCUCACAAUGAUAAGUAUGACAAGAUGGAGCAGGCAGACGGGUACGGGAAACCCACCACCAGGAAAGACGAGAUGCUCGACCCCGAGGCGUCCUUCUGGGGUGAAGAAAAGCGGGCCUCCCACACCACCCCUGUGCUGAUGGAGAAGCCUUACUACUGA